AUGCGAGGAACUCACAUUCCCGCAGGAUUCACCGGACGCCUGAUCGCUCAUUACCUCGCCUCUCACAAGGACCGCGACUCAUUCGUCUUAUCACUUGCUGCGCGCUCCAAAACGCGUCUAGAUGCUGUCGUCUCCGAGCUGGGCUCUCAGCGCGCUGUGCGCCUACAUGUCGUGGACGUCACCCGCCCCGAGCAGAUCGACGCCGCAGUUGCUGGAAAGUCUGUCGUGAUCAACACCGUGGGUCCGUUCUGGACUUGGAGCACACCGGUGGUGAAAUCAUGCGUGAGAAACGGCGUGCAUUACGUCGACCUCACAGGCGAGACGCAUUGGAUCAAGCAAAUCAUAACAUCAUUCCAUUACUCGGCGUCCAAAACCGGGGCGAUCAUCGUUCCGUCCUGUGGGUUCGACUCUGUCCCCGCCGACAUCCUCUCAUACCUCAGUGCCCGGGGGAUCUCGGGGGGAACUAUCGCCACGAUGGUCUCGAUGCUGGAGGAGGUCCAUCCGAACGAUCUCGCGAGCGUGAGGAUACCGUAUCCGCUGAGCCCAUUCGUCGGAGACACACCGGCGCCUGCUCCACGCCUGUUGUAUCGCCUUCCGAUACCCGAAUCAGGGAAAACUCUUGUCGGGUCCUAUUUCUUCAUGACACAACCAAAUCGUGCGAUUGUCGAGCGCUCCUGGGGCCUUUUCAAGAGCUCGCCUGGUAGCUCGUCCAUGCAGUACGGCAACAACUUCAAGUAUGAUGAGAUGAUUGUGUCCUCGAAAGGAGUCACCGGGGCGAUCUUGAUCACGCUGGGAACCAUUUUGGGGCUCGGUUGUAUGAUGAUUACACCUCUCCGCUGGUUGCUCUUGAAAGUCCUUCCGAAAGCAGGCGACGGUCCAUCUCAGUCGGUACGAGAUAACGGAUGGGUCAAAGUGACCAAUAUCACGACGGCAGUUUCGCCCUCAUCGACUAGUUCUCAGCCAUCAGUAGUCAAAUCAGUCCUGACGGGCAAAGGAGAUCCUGGAUAUAGCUUUACCUCAGUCCUCAUCGGGGAAGCUGCGUUGACCAUUGCCCUUUCUCCCGAAUCAUUGCCGAGUCUGGCGCGUUCUGGAGGAGUUUUCACCCCUGCCACGGCACUAGGCGACGUCUACAUCGAACGUCUCCGCAAUUCCGGUCGAGCAACCUUGGAAAGCAAGCUUGUCACAGCCCGAGCUCCAGAAACCCGGAAGACAGCCUGAUGCGUCAUCUCAAAUGCCUCACGCGAAGACACAGAUGCUCACUGGAACAUAUGACGUACAAGUGGAGAUCAGAUUAUUCAUCUAGAGCGGACUGACGAAUACUGGAAGCGAAAGCGAAAUAGACUACCUACAUACUUGAUACAUAUAGCCAUGCAUUUUAUUGGAACACUUACCUCUCGCAUAGACUUUAAUGUACUUGGCAUGGUAAAUGAGAG